UUGUUUUGUUCCGAGGCUGGUGGUACUCUGGAGCAGAAGGCUAAUAAGGCGAUGUAUCGCUAUUAGUGGAUAAAAAUAGAUCAGGAUCAAGGGGUUACGGCUUUCAGAACAGUGCAUUUCACUGAGAAAUUACAUUACGAACAUGUUAUCUGCGAUACCAUAGUCUGACGUACCUAUCCGAUUGCGGUUCAUGUAGCUUGUUUGCAUACGGACUUAGGUUUAGAUUUUUGGAAUUGGACCGACUACACGACGAGCCAUUUCUACUUCUAGAAAGGCGUCUCGUGCAUUCAACAGCGUAUCUCGUCCAUCAGCAUUAUCAGAAAAUAUGUCCCUUCUUCAGAAUACAUCGUGGUCCCUGGACGUCCGCACAGUGUUGCUGUGCCUGGCUGUCCUCCUGGUUCUUCGCUGGUUCUUCAGGCGACCUAAGAACCUCCCUCCUGGCCCCUGGGGAUUCCCAGUCGUUGGUUCCAUUCCUACCGUCGCACUCGAACUACGACGCGGCGUGAAGCCCCACGAUCUCUUCAUGAAGUAUGCUGUCGAAUACGGGCCCGUGUUCCAUCUGAAGGUCCUCAACACGACGGUUGUGGUCCUGAAUGACUAUGCAUCCAUAAAGGAAGCCUUUCAGCAUCCUCUGCUGAAUGACAGGCCUAAGAUUGUUAUAGCAGAACUGCUUGGAAGUGAAGGUGUAGGAUUUUCCUCCGGUGAGACGUGGAUCGAGCUUCGUCGGUUUUGCCUGACCGUUCUCAGGAAUUUCGGAGUGGGCAAAACGAGUUUCGAAGAGAAGAUAGGAGAGGAAGCUGAAGCGCUGAUGAAGGAGAUGUCUGCUUUCAACGGGAAACCUUUUAACCCCAAACCACUACUAAGCAACGCGACUUCCAACGUCAUAUGCUCUGUUAUUUUUGGGAAACGCUAUGAGUACAGCGAUGAAGAGUUUACCAGACUUCUGUCCUUAUUGACAGAAAAUGUGAAAUUACUCGGGGCUGGGGGUGUUCUCAUUUUCUUCCCGGCGUUGCGCCACCUCCCCUUUCUGUCGUGGAGCCAAUUGGAACUGAAUAUACAAAAGAUUCGAAAUUUCAUAACGACUAUCAUCGACAACCAUCGUGUUGCCUUCGACGCCGACAAUCUGAACGAUUUUACCGACACUUUCCUCAAGGAAAUUAAAGAGAAUGAAGCAAAAGACAAAGCUGGCGUCAAGCAUGGUCAUCUGACUGAAGAAAGUUUUGUUGGAACCGUAGCCAAUCUAUUCGGGGCGGGAACAGAGACCACUGCUACUACGCUCCAGUGGGCUCUCCUGUACAUGGCUGUCUAUCCCAAGAUCCAGCAGCGAGUCCAGGCCGAGAUCGACGAUGUGGUCGGUCGCAACCGUCUGCCCAGGAUAGCCGACAAAUCGCAACUGAACUUCACCCGAGCGGUUAUCUGGGAGGUGCAGCGACUGACUAUCGUCGUUCCUUUGGGAGUUGCCCAUGCUGCCGCCUCCGAUACCCAGUUGAGGGGUUUCACGAUUCCUAAAGGUGCAUUGCUGGUUCCAAACCUAUGGGCGGUCGCCCACGACUCCAAUGUCUGGCCAGAACCCGAUCAAUUCAAACCCGAGAGAUUCCUGAACGACAAAGGAGAGGCUGCUAUAACAGACGAGUUGAUACCGUUCAGCGUUGGUCGUCGUAGCUGCAUCGGUGAACACCUGGCGAAGAUGGAGCUGGUGAUCUUCUUCAGCUACUUUAUGCACCAGUUUACCUUCAAGAAGCCAGACGACUCUUCCCCCCUUUCUUUGAAGGGAAAAGGCGGGGUUUCAAACAUACCUGAUGCAUUUAACAUAUGUGCUGUUAAGCGUGACUAAAAGGUAGCCUAGAAAGGGCAUUUUCCAAUCACAAAGGGUACAGGGUGACACAGUACCUGACCAGGUUAGUCACCUGGUCAGGUACUGUGUCACCCUGUACCCUUCAAAAUGACCCACGGGUACACAUUUUAUGGCAUUUUAUAGGUAAGGGCUAGUACUUCUAAUUUUGUGGUAAAUAUUUAUAAAGAUUUUAAAAGGAAAGCUAGUUUACGUAUAGGAUAGAUGAAAGUGCUUGGAUACUUCAACUUAAAAUGCACGUUACAAGGAAAAGACCGUGACUAAUAAAGCCAAGCUCUGCAUAGGUCUCUCGAGCCAUAAAUAUUAGUGUAUGAAUAGACAUGUACUCGCACGGUCCGACUCAUCUUCGCAGAUUUCGGUUAAUCCACACACUCAAUGACCACUCUCAGCAACCCACGAUCAGUCGAACCCUGCCACUGACACCGCAUCCACAGGGUGUAACCUGUUCCGAUUGAUUCCCUCAUUUCGCUCAGGAGCGAGGGUUGCACUGAUGGUUUGCGUUUGCAAUGUUCUGUGUGAACAACUCAACUAUGAGACUACCAUGCUUCCCGGGUACUGAAGCUAUUACGAAAAGCAACACGAUCCAAGAACAAGUGACACCAAUUGUUAUGAAGUCGUAUAAAAAAUAUUUAUGCACAAUCAGCAACAUUCAGUUGUAAUGGCACGACCCGUAAUUUCUGGAGAAGAAACAUGCAAUAAUCAACACUAGCACAAGAAAUCUGUGCAGCAUGGAUACAUGUUAUUAAGUCGUCAAAUAUUUGGUAGAGGCGUGGUCAUCACGCGAGUGCAAAUGGAACACAGGCUGGUUACAAGUACAAUGUUGCCUUGGAUCGACCGAGCCAAACUGAGGAUUCAAAUGUCAAAGUUGAAAGUCGCAAGUUGUAUUUAUUGAGCUAGAAUAAUGGCACAUCAAGCGGGGAAUAGGCGGGAGGUCCCCUGAAGACAUAUUGCAAAUGUGUAUGUUUUUUUCUAACACUUGAAAAUGGCAACACUUUAGAGACGGCACAACAAAUUUCAAGAGGGUAUUUUUGCAAUGGGAAAAAUAAUUGAAUGAUCUUUUUGGAAAAUAGCCCUAGUUUUGUCCCAUCCCUAGAAUCCCAAACCUGGAUCCUCCGCUGUGCUAAAGAUUCUUAUUUAAGUUCUUUAGGGUGACAUUUGUUACAAUAGUGUGGGUCUUAAUCUGAGCCACAGGAAAAUCUGUAUCUGACUAUGACUUACACACUUACUUGUAAUAAGUCUUCCCUGCAAAUUAAAAUUACAUGUACUUCAUUAUCGGAAUGGGAAGUAACUGCUCUGCGAUUUCUCGGAAGAUGCAUUAUUUAAUUUCAUUGAGCUGAAGGGAGGAUUUUAUUUUCCCAGACCAAUCUAAUUGCUGCAGCAUGCAAAAUGACAAGUUGUACCAUAUUAUUAUAUCCCUGAUAAUUUUAUGAUACAGUUUAAGAAGCUGAUUAAAUCACGACCAACUCAGUAGUUAACCGAGGAACGAAA